AUGGCAAGUCAUGGCAUCCAUAUCAACUUCAGUAAAGAUUCAUGCCAAGCCAUCGUUAUGUUUGAUAUCCUCCCUCACUACAGACAUGGGUCUUCAGUAGGAGGGGUAAGUUCUUUCUUAGUCUCACGAACCUUGGGCUCAAAGAAUUCAAAUGAUCGCCAUUCAAUUCACCACGAUUGGUUUGCCACACCUUGGGGGCUCGUGUCGACGAAGAUCACUCUUUCGGCCGAAAGAUGGAGCGCAACUCCUGAUUUCCGAGGUGGUGUCUCUCCGACAACCCAAGCUAUAGUCGUCGAGACUAGUCUUACGGAAGGCCCGGGUGCAGCCAAGCCAGUCAGCAGUCAGCGGCAGGAACACAUCAAUUUAAACACGUUUCUAAUCAUCAGCCGAGCCAAGCGAGAAAACUUGUAUCUCUUGCGAUAUCGUACCAGCUCAGCAGGCCUCAAUAAACUUUGUCGAUUGGAAAAAUUUCGCAAACGGCUGAUUGGCUUUCCGGGAUAUUUCGCAAAUAUACCUGUAUCCGCAUUAGCUCUGUACGAUAUUACAACUUCUGCUGUAGCUACACUCUUCUUAUCAAGAGUGCCAGGGGAUGAAAAGAUUAGCUAUGAACUGUUUUCGAAUGGGGUUGCCCCUAGAGGCAGUUGUAUCAGAGCAAUCAGUCAAUUGGAUAGGGCGUUCUUUGGACUUUGUCGGCCAAUUUUAUGGAAGGUUCUUGACCUCCGGAUGAUUCCAACGGCGGCACUGAGUGCCUUCCAUGGCUUCGAAACACUCACCAAGAAAUACAUCCAAACCUUCGUCCGAGAGAUCAAGACCGAGGUGAUGAUAGUUCAGCAACCGUUCCGAGAGGUCACCGUGAUGGAAGCCAAGGAACCUUCUGAAUUCGAGCGUUUUUUUCAGAUCGAAAAAGUCCUGCGGGAAAGUAAUCCAGUAAAUAUCGAUACUCUGGAGCUAGAACUAGUCUUGGUCGGAAGAAUGCUAGACGGAUACGUACCCACCUGCUCGCACCCACUCACUGCACGUCCAUUGUUGAAUUUGUCUCGCUUGAAAAAUGUGAAGAAGUUCCACAUCGCCUCCCCGAUCUCGCUCUCUCUUCCGCAAAACUUGCUAGUUCAAACCGUCGUCAAUAUGAAAGUCCUCACCUCGUUCUCGGCCGACAACAUCGGAUAUGAAGAGACCGUGCCACAUCCAGAAACUCUUGGAGGCAUCGUGACUAGGCAAGAAGGAGAAACGGGCGACCAAUCUCAGGAGCCACCGACGUCGACACUUGUUGGUUUUCUUUCAAAUUUGAAGUGCCUGAAGAGCCUUAAGAUGUACGACUCGUUGUGCGUCGAUCAUACGUGGAGUGAAAUGGCUUGGCAGUCACCAUUGGCGGAAAUAGUCCUGCUAAGAUGCCCGAAUCUUUCGAGCCUUUCACUCCAACGACUCUCGAAGAAUUUUAACCUUUCCUUGAGGGCGAUGGAAGUGUCGACGAUCGGGAUCUCUGAGAUAGAACAAAUCCAAACAAACUCCCCCGGAUACCUCUGGGAAAUCUUACAACGCCAAAACACCAUCACAUUCAAGAAACUCAGGUCGCUCAAGCUUGUCGGAGUCAACAUGGGCGAACACCUUCUCAAAUUUUUCCACGAUUCGCCAAAGUUGAGAAGAGUUGUGAUCGACUCUCCAAACAUUCGUGCUCAAACCCUGUUCAAAUCGCUCGAAAAAUGGCCCUCACUCAGAGAUCUCGAUUGUCGAAUCCGCGGUGGUACUGGAAGCUUGGACUUGAUCAUGUAUUGCUUAACUCAGGGGGUUUUCCUCGAUGAAUCGUUUUACUAA